AUGAGCGUAGAUAUUUAUUUGGUUCUUGAUCUGAGCGUUACAAUUACUCAGAACGUAGAUGUUGGGUGCUCUGAUAAAGUUCAUAGAGCCCUCAGUUUUGCCGAAACUUUUAUUGAGAAAGUUGAAAAAUCCGAAGUAAAUGUGCAUUUGGUAAGUUGCAUUCUAUUAGUGAAUUAUUUUUUUGAUUUUUAUUGCUGGCACACCUGUUUUGGCCAAGAGCAGGAUAACGAGUGGUGGAUUGGUUCGAACGUUGUUUCAAAAGUAGGUUGAAUAUCUAGAAAUAGAUACUAUAAAAUAAAAACAAGGGAUUAUCUGAGUGUUUUUAGAUUUCUGGCUCGAACGGAUAUCGAAUAUGGACUCACUGACUUCUGGGCUCUCAAAAAAGUGAUCUCUGAUCAUCGGGCAAGUCGACCGGUCGAAUUGUUGGUGCUCUCGGAUAUGGUGGAUGAAUUCGAAUUCCCUCGAGAUUACCGUCUUUCAGCAUUUUGGCGAUUUAUUCUUCUGUCCAGUUUCGAAGGCGAUGGGAUUUCCGAGAAAUUAAUCGCGGCUUUGGAAUGUUUUUCUUUGGAAAUGGCCGUAUUUUAUGGGUUGGGAAGAUCUCCAGCGGAAUUGGAUACCUUGAAGUACUUUCCAACAUUCUUAUUUGAGGACGAUUGUGUUGCAGAGGUCGCCAAACAAUAUGCCCUCGAAGAAAGAACGAAGAGAAUUGUGGAUAUUGUUAUUUCCCCUUCAUUAACAGUCAAGGUAGGCGAUAUUUAAUAUUAUUUUAUUCCGAUUUAGGCUAAAGUAACCCCUGGAAUCCCCAAACAUCUUGUAAUCUUCUACAGUGAGAUGACAAGCACUAUAUUCAAUCCAGUACAAGUCCCCACUUUCAAGUUGGCUGGAUUUGUGAUGUCAUCUUCUCUGACUCGUGUUCCGCAAACUCCUUUGAUCCAUUCGGUGAUGCCUGUAGUUAAUGAGAAGAGGGAUGCGUUGAAUUGUUUGGUAAAAGCGAUGACUCGAGUUGAUAAUUAUACUGGAAUCCUGAUACAUUCGUCGGGAGAAGAGUGUUUUUUGAGGGCAGUAAAGUAAGGUUAUACUUACAAUGAUGCAAAUUCUUUUUAGACAUUCCCCAACAGACGGAUACGCCCUCGUUAUCCAGUUCUAUCCACGUCAAUUUGUUCAAUAUAAACCGUUCGGAACUCCUGGAAACAUCGAAAUCUCGAAACUCCCAAGUCUUUCUUAUAAAGCGACCGACAGAUUCUACUGGUCAGAAGCGUCGGAGAUUCAGCAAGACGCGAAUAAGCUGUGCAGAAGACUUAAAAGAGACCCUACUCCCAAGGCAUUCUAUGAGGUUAAUUAGCAUUAAAUUUUACUCUUUUUUAGGUCUUUUCUUCUUAAUUCCAUAGCUUGGACAACGUUGAUUUAAUUUCAGGAUCUCCGUCACAUGUCUGAAUUCGCCAUCGCUUGUGAUUUUCAAGAUCUUGGCGCCAAUUUUGCAUGUUUACUUGAGAAAAGAGCGGCCUCCCAGGAUCUGCACACUAAUUAUAAUAUAGUCUCAACUGUUCAGAUUCUAAAGAAAGUCGGAUUUGAAGGUCUUCUAAUAGCGAUACCUCAGCUAGAACAAGGUCCGAAGUGA